GGAAUAAACAGGAGUUUGCAAGGCGAUAAUAAGAUACCAUUUCUAGCAUGGGCCCGAAAUCCUUGACGUUUGAGGGAUAGGCGUUUAUCUGGGACGACAAUAGAGAAAUGAAUAAAGAGGACUGCUGUGAUAAUGAUGAAGAAGGGCUACGCAGGAAACUGGCCCAGCUGCAAACUUCGGACCCUGCAUAUGCAGCGACGCUAAAUGACCUGGCUGUGGUGAAGCUCAAUCAGGGCGCUGUUGCCGAGGCAGAACGGUUGUUCAACAAGCUCCGAAACUUACGUUUGGAGCAACUGGAGGAACAGGGGCCACCGGGACUUGCGCCCCAGUCUCCGCAGGAUGCCAGAGCAGCAGCAGCAGCACCUGUGCUGCCAGAUGCCAGCACCGUUGUGUCUACACCAGCUGCACCAAGCGAAGCAGCAACCGCGACAGCCAGCAAUCCCAUUAACGGAGGCGGCACGGUGGCAGGCUCGUCCACCGCUUCAUCAGCUGCUGCAAGCUCUUCAAUCUCGCCGCCGCCAGUCUCGCGACCACGUGGCGGUGGUGUCGCCGGCGGCGCCAUGGCUGGAGGCGCGGCGUUGUUUGCUCGGGCCUUGGGCGGGGGUCGCCCCGUAAGUGCGGGUGCUGGCGCCCGCCCUGGCUCCGCUAGGCGAGUAUUGGGAUCCGAUCCGGUGUCCAAACCAGACUCAGCCGGGGCAGCGGCUGCUGCUGACGGUACGGCAGGCGCUGCUGGCGGGAAGCCUGGACGAAGCCAGCAGCAGCAGGAGCUUGGUGCUGGGUCUGCGUCUGGAACGCUGCAUGAUAGGCGGGGUCCAGCGGAGGUGGAGGCGGCGCCAGCAGCUGCAUCGCCGCUUAAAGAGCGAGGGAAGGGGUCGUCAUCACCAGCACCCAAGCAUGCACAUGCAGGGGCUGCGGCGACACAAGCUCAGCAGGAGGUUCAGGAACCGCCGGCGAAUGAUGGAUCGCUGGCGGCAGCAGCGGCGGCCGCGGCCGCCGCAACUGCGGCGCUGGAGGGGAGCCGCAGGGGCUCGGAGCCUCAGGCUGCAGCUGGGGCAGCAACAGCAGCAGCAACGGUGGCGGCGGCGGUGGUGGUAGACUCCUGGGAUGAGGCGGCCCAGCACUCACCAGCCCGGUCGCAGCCUACAGGACCGUCGGCGGCGGCAGUGGUAGCGCCGUCGGCACCGUCGCCGUCGGAGUCGGCGAUGAAGCUUCGUUCGCAGGCAGCUGCAGCGGUUUCCGCGAUGCUGUCAGGUACGGUACGACACCACCCGGUGAAAGCGGCAGCAGCGGCGGCUGCAGGUCCUCCGGGCGAUCAUGAAGAGGACGCAGCGUUGCGAGCCUCGCUAGGCGAAUGCACGCACGUGGUCGAGGUGUACGGACUCACCACCGACGUCCGUACGGCACACCUCGAGGAGUUUGUGACCGCAUUCGCCCCCCAGGACGGGCGCCCCCUGCCCGCCAUCAAGUGGGUGGAUGACAACCAUGCGCUGCUUGUGUGCCCGGAUGGGGUCACGGCCACAUUCCUGCUUGAGGAGGACCAGGACCUCUUCCGCUUGAGGCCCUUCUCGCAGGCGUCUGAGGCAUCCAGGGCCGUGGCUGCUUCAGAGCUGCUGCCCCCUCGCGAGCGCCCCAAGACCACUGCUGCGGUGGCCAAGAAGAUGCUGAGUCACGCGCUUGGCAUGAGUCAGCUGCGGGAUCGUGCGGCGGAGAGGGACCUGGCGCAGCAGCGCAAGGCAGCUCGAGAGGCGCGGAGAGAGCGGGAACAGAAGCUGGCAGCCGCCUGGGACGACGACUGACGUGGAGAAACAUUGCGGCCGUGCAAGGAGGUGAUCCGACACAUACUCCAUUCGUUCCAUGGGGGCUGUGAUACCGGCGAGGAUGACGGUGAUGUGUAUGACAGUGGUUUGAAGAGGGAGGAGAUGGGCGCCUGCUACGCUCCCAAGGAAGGGGCGUGCUGGGAUGUGUUUGAUUCCAGGAGAUGCCUCUAAUGGGAAUUCCGCAUGUUGUAAUGCACCGGCUAUGAUAA